AUGAUAACAAAACAGAUAAAUGCAGUUAUUCUAGUAAUUUUAUAAGAAUUGUGUAAGCAUUGCAAAUAAACUAAAUAAAAUCCACGUGAUGUGAUAAGUUACUUUAUUCAACCAGAUAAAAAAGGUAUGGAUGUUUUUGGAUUUAUGAUUAUGAUUAAAAAGAUUUUACCAUUUGCUGAAGAAUAAAUGAUUGAAAAGACUUUUUCAUACAUUUAGUAGCGAUUUGGAUGUAAAUUAUUAACUAGUUAAAUAUUUGAGGAGCUUAUGAUAAGAGUAGAAUCUUAAAUGACUAAUAUUGAACUGUCUUAACAAAUAAGGUUCAGAACAAAAUAAUAAAUUGAAUCAUAACAAUAAAGCAAUAUUUAGAUGAAUAAUGCAUCAGCAAUUUAGACUUAGCAUGAAAAAAAACCAAUAUUUGAUUAAAAUUUUAAACCCUCUUAGAUGACAAAUAUAGUUUCUUAACAAGUGCCUAAAUAAAAUGUAUCAAAUUAAGUUGCUUAAAAUUGCAAUCGAUCAGAAAUAGAGUUAAUUUAAACUUUCAGCACAAAAUUAAAAAAUGCAAAUAUCAACUUUAUCGAUGUGUUCAAUAAGUUUGAUAGCAAUAAAGACAAUAUGAUGAAUCAGUUAGAAUUUUAGAAGAUGAUUCAAAUUGUAAUCAAGGAUAUCAAAGAAGAUGAAUCAAGAAUCCUCGCUCGAUGGGUUUUCAAAGAUUAAAACAAAGAACUAACAGCAUUUCAAUUUAAGAAGAUUUUUGAAUUUCAAGAGUAAAUUAUUCCAUAGGCUAACAUUAUGGAAUCCAACUACUAUGAAAAUCCUGCUAAUUAAAAAUUAUUAUAAUCAAAUUAUCAAUUCUAAGAGUGCUUUGUUUCUGAUUACAACCUAGUAGCUAUGAAAGAAUUCCUUUCAAAAUAUCAAUAAUUAAAGAGCCAGAAUUAAUUAUAUACUGACCCUGUAUUCCCUCCAAACUAAGUAAGUUUGGGAAGUAAAUUCUAACAAUUUUAAUGGAAAAGAAUACCUUAAUUUAUUUCAAAUCCAAAAUUCUUUGUCAAAGAAAACAUAGUAAACAGAUUUGGUAUUGGUAAGUGGAUUACACCAGAUGAUUUACAAUAAGGGUAAUUAGGAGAUUGCUACUUUUUAGCCUCGAUCAGUUCAUUAGGGAACAGGAGACCUGAUCUAUUAUUGGAAACAUUUGUUACUAGAACUUUCAACCCUCAAGGACUCUACGGUGUCAAAUUGUGCAUUGAUGGAGAAUGGAAAGUUAUUGGAAUAGAUGAUUUCAUUCCAACCCACUACAAUAAGCCAGCAUUCACCAGAGGGAAAGACUCAGAAAUAUGGGUUAUGGUAAUUGAAAAGGCAUGGGCUAAAGUAUUUGGUUCGUAUGAGAAUAUUGAAGCUGGUUUCCCUUCAGAAGUCUUAAGAACCUUAACUGGAGCACCAACUAGAACUAUAUUCACAAGUGAUGAGAAUUUUGUUGAAGACUUGGAAAGUUGCAUAAAGAAUAGAUGCAUAAUGGUAUGCUCAUCUAAAAAUGAAAAUAAAUAGUAAUAUAAACUUAUGGGGCUAAUAGCUGGUCAUGCUUAUACAGUACUAAAAAUUAAAGAUUUGAAUUCCAAUACAAAAUUAAUCAAACUUAGAAAUCCUUGGGGAAAGGAGGAAUGGAAGGGAGAUUGGUCGAAUUAAAGUCAAUUGUGGACUCCAGAGUAGAAGGCACAAUUUAAAAUAACAAAUGCUAAUGAUGGAGUCUUUUACAUGAGCAUCACAGAUUUUCGUAAAUAUUUUGAUGACUUAUCUGUUUGUUACGUGAAGGAAGGGUAUUAGUAUUAAUCUACUACACUUCAAUCAAGUAAUAGGAAAAGCGAAUAUUUUAAUAUCUAAAUUUAAAAGCCAGGGUGCUAUUAUUUUACAAUGAAUUAAAAGAACGUUAGAUUUGAGAAUAGCAAUCAGUAUUCACCAGCUAAGAUUUUGUUAUUUAAAGGAGAUAGUUUAUUAGAUGGCAAUUUUAAGAGCGAUAGAGAAUGCUGGAUAAGUAAGGAUCUCGAUUAGGGAUAAUAUACACUAGUUAUCAAAGCUUAAUGGUAGUUUUCUAAAAUGAAUAAGUACACUUGGUCAUGUUAUGGACCUGGUCCAAUUCAUAGCGAUAAGAUUAAUAAGAUUCCUAAUUUAUUGAAUUCUGCCUUUCUUAAGUUAGCUAGAGUAAGCGUAAAAAAGAAAGGAUAUUAAAAGCACCCAGACAUUAAGUAGGCGUAUGAAUUUCAUCUUAAAUAUGGUUAUGGAUUUUACUAUGUCGAGAAUCAAAGCAACAAGAGUUUUGAAAGUAAAGUGAGAUUUUCAUAAAUGAAAGGUUUAAAACUCCGAAAACCUUAUAGAGGAUAUAGCGUGGAGAUUAACUUAUAAUAGAAUCAAGAGUUCUUUGCUUUGUUAAGUGUUUCUAAAUCUGGAUAUUCCUUUGGUAUUGAAGAAUAGUAUAUUGUAAAAUGA